AUGUGCAUGCUGAUUUUGGCUGAAGGGGGCGCGUCCCCUACAAACGCCGCCUCUCACCUCCACUUCUGGGUACUGGUCCUUCCUCCGAACCGCGACGUGACCACGCCCACUGUCGUCGAGCCAACCAAUGGGCAAGUGAUACCAUUAAGCCCCGCCCAAAAUCCUCCUUAUCGCCAGGUCCACGCUGUCUUUGACCAUACUAACUACUGGGCUUCAGUACGAUACGAUUUUCCAGUGUCUUCUGAUAUGUUCUUUGAAACUCACUCGAAUAUUAAGCGGCAGUUCAGAAACAAAGUCAAGGAAUUAUCUAGAAAAUACGAAAAUCCACGAGAAAUAAAAGAACAAUUUGAACAGCGAAAGGACGGUCUAGAAAGCCGCGUGACAGACCUCGUGAUGGGAGAUGUGACCGAGACGUUUGCCAAGAGCCGCCAGGACACACUUAAGCGCCACCAGUACUGGGUAUCUCCUUCGGUCCUGGCGUCGCGAACCUCUUUGGACGGCCUGACGAAGCCCUCGAAGGACGUCUCUGAGGAGGAUCGGCAAGAUGGCCACGGGGAAGAGGUGUUCAUGUUCCAUUCCAAGUUCCGAGUCGACGCCUUAAGGAGUCGCAUAAUAGGAGGCGGAGUCUGGAGGGAGGAGUUUGACGAGCGACCGGACCUGCUAUUGGCUCGCACCGUCACCUUCACAGAUUCUGGCGCCGCCCCCAACAGGUCUAUACAGAGAAUCGAGGAGGAAUUCGGGCAACCGGAGGGCACGGAGCCACACAAGGCCGUGCAGCGCCGUGUGUUGCAGGUGGCGGAGGGCAGAAUCCUCCUCGUCUACCACUACGGCCACCACCGCCUCCUGCAGCCGACCAGGUCCUUCGUCAAACCGCCUUCGUCAGAUGGUCGGGCGGCCACGCUCUCGCCGGAGAUGACGCAUGGGUUCCAGCCUGAUCCAACAGUCGAGGAGCCACCGAUGCCGCAGCUAUGGGCGGUGCUGCGGGCGGAGAUGGAGGCGGAGGCCGUGUCGCAGGAGGAGGUGCGAAGGGGCGUGGAGGAGACGGCGCAGGUGCGGGAGGCGAGAGCUCGGGAGGAGGAAGACCCGGCUCUUGUGACGCACAUCUUCGACAUUCACCGGAAUGAGACCGUCCAGUUUAUCCUGCGGCAGAGGCAAUACGAUGAAGCUCACCGCGAGGAAACGCUGAGGAAGAAACGUGAAGAGAGAGAAGGAAAAGUAGAUAUCAUCGCUCCGUAUAUUCCCCUAUUAACGUCGGACGCGGAGACAGGCGGACCCGAGACGGUGCGGGAGAGGUGUCUUCAGGACCUCAGGGAGAGACUCGCCCUCCGAGCCAACCUCCUGCAGGAUCGACUGGACCAGGCCCGCGCCGCCGUGCUCGAGUGCCGCGACGAGGCCGGGCGCCGCAAGCGACUGAGCGCCGACGAGCGGGCCGCACUCACGAGCCGCACCGCCGCCGCCGAAGCCUCCCACCGACGCCUCCGGGCCCAGCUGGCCGCCUGGAAACACGAAGCCUCAGAGAGAUACGACAGCCUCGCCGGCCAGCUCGAGGUCGACCCGCGAUUCGCUUUGGAACUCGGCAGCCAAGGGGCUUCGUCGGCAGAUGAGGAGGACGAGUCGGCGUCGGGAUAA